AUGCUGAAAUUUCGUCUAUUGAUCAAAGAUUUCCUCGAGUCUGCUGCAGCCAAAUUCGAAAUAAUAUAUCUGACACCAACUCCUGCGUUAACACUGAAACCUAGACGUUUACUAGUUUUAGACUCCUCCUUCAACCCCCCUCAUUUGGGUCAUUUGGCCUUGGUACAAGAAUCGCUUACCCAUGAGUACAAGGGCGAAAAAGUUCCUAUGAACAAACCAACUUCCACGACUUCAAACGAUGCAGCUUCUGUAUUAUUACUUUUAUCUCUUGAAAAUGCAGAUAAGGGAACAACCCAAUUAGAUGCAGCCAUUCACCGUGUUGACAUGAUGAAGAUCACUGCUGACUACAUACAAAAGGUUUUUCAGGUCGAUGUAAACAUUGGAGUAAUCAAGGCCGCAAAGUUUGUUGAUAAAUCGCUUAUAUUAUUCAAUUAUUUGCAUGCUCGCAGUGUGGACCAUCCUAAAUUAACAUUCUUGGUUGGAUUUGAUACAUUAACCAGAAUAUUGGAUCCAAAGUACUAUAUACCUGACAAGUUAUCAUCCUCAUUACAGGAGUUUAUGUUGAAUUGUGACUUGUUCGUGUUAACGAGAGGCAAAGGUGGCGUUUCUCAAACAAAAUAUGUCGAUGACAUAAGCCACGGCAGAAUUGGCGAAAUCCCUACUCAGUGGUCGAAAUCAAUUCAUAUGAUCAACGAAAACCACGGGGAAUCGGAGUUAGGCGUGAUUUCCUCUACUCUGAUUCGGAACGAAAUCAUGGAAGGCGACGAAGUAUGGAAGUCAAAGGUGCUCCCGGAAAUAAUGCAAUAUAUCGAAACUGAAAAUUUGUACAAGUGA